AUGGCCUCACACAAGAUCUGCACUCGCUUCCUCACUCAAGCACGGUCAAGACCCACCCUUGCAAGACGUCACCAGUCGACCUUCAGCUUCUUCUCACGCAGCCAGGACUCUAUCCCUUCGCCCCUCUUGACCGAUGCAUCCACAUCCAAGGCAGCAGCCGACAAGGACUCUGAUGCCAAAAUUCUCGCCUCUCAGUUCCCACAAUAUCCUCAUGCCCUCAAGACAUCCCCCUCUUACGCCAACGCCGCCCCACUUUUGACCGCCAUUCAGGGCAAGGACCAGGAUACCGCAUGGAUGGUCUACUCUGUGUUAAGCCGCGCCGGCCAGCUGUCGUCUCUUCUUCCCAUUCACCACACACUCCUUCUCCAGAGCAUUCGGCCCGAAACCCCUAUCAGAUUCACGAGGCGCGAGGCGGCCACAUUGAUAGAGCGAUUCGAGCAAGUUUGGGCGGGGAUGUUGCAUUGUCAUAUUCAGCCCAACAUGAACGACUACACAGCCCGUCUGGAACUCUUUGUUGGUACCAGACAGUACCACUUGGUCGACUCGACAUGGACAGAGAUGCGGGAAAAGGCGGUUCAUGGCACCAAUGCGGUUGCUGCUGCCGGCUCGAGCUCGGGCAACGGACCUGUGAUCCAGCCAACACUACACACCUACAACUUGAUCAUGCAGUCGUGCGUUCCCAGGAAGAACAUUGGACUGGCAAUGGAGACGAUCAAUGACAUGAGGAGGGCAGGUGUCAAACCCGACACCAUGACCUGGGACUUUAUCCUCCAGAUCCAUACCGCCAUGAAGAACUGGCAGGCUGUCGAGUCGACUUUCCGCACCAACUUUAUCGCAACAUCGAUGGGCGCUUCAGGAUCUCAACACAACCAGAACAGCUUUUCGGAAGAGUCGAUGGUCAUUCCUCUCGGUCAACGCGCCAAGUCUUUGCAUGGAGGAGCGCUCACACCAAAGUCCAACAAGUCUACCAAGGUCGGCCACAAGGAGAAGCUCGUCCCAUCACUCCAGAAUAUCCACACCCUCUUUUCGUACUACGCCUAUACCCAGGAUCUGGAGGACCUUCGGGCCAUGUUUGACAGCCACGUGCGACUCUUUGGUCUCGUCCCCACCACACGAACAUACAACGAGAUGAUCAAGUUUGCCUUCCUUGCCAGGCGCGAUGGCGAUGCUAUGGAUCUCUUUAGAGAGCUGGUGCAGAUCGGACAGAAUUUGGAGAGGGUCAAGAGCAGUAAUAGCAACGGACAAGUGCAGGAGAGCGUCGAGUUGAGUGGAGAGUCUGCACAUACAGCAACACCCACAGCAGCAGGACAAGUCUGCGGACCAGACUUUGACACGUUCAAGAUCCUGAUCAACAACGAGUUUAUUGCUUCGAGGAACCGGUGGGGUCGUGCAGUCAAGUGGAUCAAGAUUAUGCAGGAGGGCUACAACAUCGAGCCAAGCGAUCCCAUGUUCAAGAGAACUUUGGCGGCGAUGAAGCGGAGACGAGUGGGUGAGGCGGAGAUCCAGGCUCUCCAGGAGAAUUGGGAUCUCGUCCGUGCUCGUCGCAGUGACCGUGCAUCACAGAGUGCUCGUAGCCAGGUCGAGGAAGACGAAGAGUUGGCAGUGUCGAGCCAUUAA